GUGUUGGCUGCGCUGUGAUGCUCUCUCGCUGGUGGCGCGUGUCGCGUGGCGAAUUCGCAACCUCAGACAAUGUGAAACGGGUUUGUGCGAGCGUAUUUCCUUUUUGGCCAAGUUAGCUCGGCUUUUCUUAUCCUGAUAUCCGGUCGUUGGCAGCCAGCAGCAUUUGGCAUGGUGCGUCAUUCGGGGAUAUCAACGACAACGGCAACGAAGGCGACGGCGACAACGAUUCGUAUUUUUUGGGGUCCAAGUGAAAACCAGUUCGCACUCCACGUAACUUCAACUUCAACUUCGAAUCCGACUACGACUCCGACAACAACAUCAACUACAAUAUCAGCUUAAACUGCCCCAGACAAGGCCAAGCGAGGACACAAAAACAACAAAAAAUAUGCCAAUUGCCGGCAACAACCAAUAAUAACAACAGCAACAACAAGAGCGACAACAACAACAAGAGCAAGUCUAAGCCAAAGCUGCCUUUUCAUUGCCAACAUCGUCAACUUCCUGGCCGCAAAGCAUAUUAAGACCUAGGCACAGGAAGAGAGAGGGAGGACAGGAAAGGGACUUACGGCAAAUUUGGACUGGGAUUAAAACCUGCUGGGAUGUUGGAUAUAUGCGCUUUCUCUGGCUGACAUUUUGCUGAUGUUUCAAUUAAUUUGUGCACAUGUUAAGCGAAGAGGAAUAAAAGCAAUAAUAUCAACAACAAGAGCUGGAAUAACAACCAGCAGAAGAAUAACAAGCAGCAAGUGAAAGGAGACAAAACUGAACUGAAACCGAAACAGCAACAGAAAUGGAAAUAGAAAUAGAAAUGAAAAUGAAAAUGAGCAUGAGAAUGAAAAGGAAGCAAAGACAAACGCGGGCAAAUAGACAAACACAAAUUGCUGAACAAACACAAGCAGGACGCAUGUAAAUGUAACUGUGAAUACACUUCCCUUUACAACUAAACGUGGGUGUAACUCUCUGCGAGUGUGUGUGUGUGUCGCUGUGUGUGUGUGGAGCUCAUAAUAAGAAGAGCAAAUAGCAAAGAGCGCAUGGAAAAUAAAAAUAAAUAGCAAACGACAAAACGCAGGCCACAAACUAAAAGCAACAAGACGUGGAGAAGAAGGAGAAGUAGAGAAGAGAAGAGGAGAAGGGAGAGGAAGACACAUCAGUUUGCUGGUGGGUGACGCGUUCCCUCGUUGGCGGUCAAGUGAAAUUUAUUGCAUUGCACAAAUGAGACAACAACAACAACUACAACAACAGCGACAACAACACAAGGCAAACUAAAACGCAAGGCAAACAGCUGCAAAAAAAAAAAAAGAAAAAGAAGAGAGAAAACAGAAAAACUAAAAAGGAGGAGGAAAAAACACUCUGCUGCGUGCCCCAAAUUGUAGCAAAAAAAGAAAAAUAACCGAAAAUUCCGCAACAAAUUGAAAAAUUAAAGUUUUACCAACACGACGAAAGAAAAGUUGGCCAAGAAAAAGCGAGCAAAAGUGUUACAAACAGAGCGAGAGAGAGAGAGCGAAAGAGAAACCAAAAUAAGUACACAGAAGAAGAGGAGAAGAGAACGCACAACGGAACACAUUAAUGCAACAAAAUGGGUGCAACUUUGAAUAGACGACGCCGGCGUGGCCAAAGCUUCGUUGCCUCUGUUGCUGCCCCACCUCGUUGCUGCACGUUGUGGAACCUGCUGCUGCUUCCUUUGGCAUUGGCAAUCCUGCUCUCGAGUGGCACUGUUCAGAGUCUGACAAUGACUGAGAUUCGCAUACCGAAGCACAUCAUGAGACAUGAGGAUGCCGUGUUGGGCUGUAAAUUCGAUUUGGAUGGCGAGUCGCUCUACUCGGUGAAAUGGUAUAAAGAUGGCUUCGAAUUCUAUCGCUAUGUGCCACGUGAUAUGCCACCUGGACAGGUGUUUCCGUUGCCCGGCGUCGAUGUCGAGUUGCAAAACUCGACGGACAUUGCCGUCGUUCUCCGUUCGGUGAGCCUACAGUCGACGGGUCGUUAUCGGUGCGAAGUGUCCGGCGAGGCGCCUUCGUUCCAGACAGUUUCCGGUCAUGAGGACAUGAUUGUUGUGGUUACACCCAAGCAUGGACCACAAAUCACCGGCGGUCAGCCUCGAUACCAAAUUGGCGACAUGGUGCGCGUCAAUUGCACUUCGGCGGCAUCGAAGCCAGUUUGCCAUCUCAGCUGGCUGAUUAACGGCAUGCACGCCAAUCGCUCGCUGCUGCGACCCUAUGAACCCAAAGUUGUUGGACGCGAGGGUCUCGAGGUGGCGCGCCUUGGCCUCGAGUUUCGUGUGCGCGGAUGACAUUUCAAGCAUGGCGACAUGAAGUUGAAGUGUGUCGCCAAAAUCUCCUCUGUGUACUGGCAAAGCAACGAGGAGAGCGUCGAGAGUGACAAGCAUCAGCGCAUUCCAGUGCUCGAGUCAAGGGAAACAGUGAGGCAGCUGGACAAAUCAGCGGAAGACAAGCAGCUCAAGAAGAGUCGUCGUCCUGCGGCUGCCACAUCUGCAGCUGCAGCAGCGGCAGCAGCAGCCGCUGCAUCGAGUGCGUCCGCAGCUGUGUUCAUGAGCUGGUCACGCAUAUUAGCGACAUCGUCGGAGUCCAUUGCACGCAUUUCGCUGUACGCGUUGCCCGUCUUAAUAGCAUUUCUGUGUAAUGCUCGCGCCAGUCUCUGCGCUAAGCUGGCGACAACAGCCACAAGCAAAGAGGAGGCAAACAGCUGCCAGCAUGGCCAACAUGACCGCCGCCUGUUGGCCCAAUUAAGCGACGACUCCACGCCGUGCAGAUAACAAUUAACGAAGAUGUAUGGCCAACACCACCAACACCACAAGCAACCAGGCAACGCCAAACUCAUUAAAUCUCUGUAAAUAUAUUUCAACUUUGCCAAUGCAAGAAAAGUAUCCCGGAGUAAAACAUACAUUAAGUAUACGCUGCUUAGCUAAAAUGUACAUAUAUACAAAUAAAUAUUCCCCUUUGAAAAUCGAAGUUAGUUUUAGCAUAUCGUUGUUCCUCUUUCGGGCUUUUAAUGCAGGCUAAGAAAUUGCUCAACAAGUUUAGAAUACUAGUGAUGUGAGUUAAGCUGAAUAAUCUUAAUAUUCAUAUAUACAUUAAUAUAUAGCCAAAUCUGUACAAGCCUAGUUAUAUAAGCGCAAUCAAACGAGUCCUGUUACCGCCACGAAACAACAACAAAGCUGAGCUCGGCCUAGAGUCUUCUCAUUAUUAAUCAAAAAAUGCAAAAGAAUCUCACAUUUCGUGUAUAAUACAAUUUAGUGUUAAUUGAAUAAAACUCUUAUUAGCAUAAUUGUUGAUACUCUUAGCAAAAUACUAAAAACAACUACAAUUGAAAGCCAAAAACACUGAACUAGAAGAUUUUGGGCUUUGCAAUUUUUGAAUAGCGAUCAAAGUUAUGCAAAACUGAUUCGUAAUGAAUUUAAAACAUUUCCAGUUAAAGCUAAUUAACAGCAAUUUCAUUAAAAUAGUUAUAUUUUUAGAGUGGGGGGAAAAAAAGGAGCUCUGUAUAUUUCCACAGCGUAAGCUACUCGUAAUCUAGGCAUUAACUAUAUUAAUUGUACAAAUAUUUAAUGAAUUUCCCCCACAACUAAUUCUUUAUAAUGCACACACAUACAAACGCACACACACACUCACAUACAAUACACACAUACAUAUUAGUACACACACUUGUCUAGUGCAUAUCUUCGAUGGCAGAAAUAUCAUUUAUGAAAUGCAACUGUUGUUGAAUGUUUUAGUCGUAAGCCCGAAUAAGCAAAACAUAUUUAGCAAAACCGAAACGAAAAUAAACAAUGCAUAAUUUAAAGACUAGUUUAAACUGUAAGCGAAUCGAAUCCACACGUGUGUAGCGAGCGAUGUAAAUGAUUAUGUAAUGUAAUGAAUGUUAUUAAGUCUUUAAAUAAAAUGCAAUGAAA